AUGGUGGACGCUGCAAUUAUGGAGCUAGUCAUAACUUACGAGAAGAUUGUGAAACUUUAGCGGGAGCGUUUAGCAAUAUCGAAAAUUUAAAAGAUAUUAAAGAAGUCUUAAAACAGUGCACCAGUGAAGUAGAAUUCAAUUCCAAAAAAAGAGAUUUUCUGGACAAGAUGAAUGCGGCCAUUAAUGGUUUAAGGCCUAAUAUUGGUGCACACAGUUCGAUCGAAGAAGCCAUGAAUAAACAUGUUGAGAAAAAAAUCCAAGGUUGUAAGACCGAAGUAGAAAAAAUAAAAUCUACUUUGGAAGGAGAAACUUAUAAAUGG